AUGGGCGGAACAGGAGCUAAGAAAGAGCUGCCAGUGCCGAGUACGACCGUGGCGCUAAGUAGGAGAAAUAUCCCGCUUUCGGAACUGGCAGUUGGCCUAACAGUGCUCGGAUGCGUGAUUAUAUUUCUUGUUGGCGCCGGCGUGCUCUGGUUCCGCCGGUCAAGGCUGGAACGUCCCAGCCAACAGGUCGAUGUUGAGCUACAGAAAGCGAACGACGACGCCCCGCCCGGGCGCAAGUACGGGCAACCAUGGAUUGAUGCCGAGUACGCAAGUUUUCCCAGAGUAUAUCAGCCUGGUGGCAGUUACAAUAAUUGGAAGCAGCGACGCGACGCGCGGGAACAACGCCACAGGCACCGGCCUGAGAUCGGGCCCCAGAAUGACAGCGAGCGCCGGGACACGCAAGGCAAGGCAAGGCGGGCGAGAGGCCACUUAUCCUUCAGAAACUUCAACAUGUAA